ACAGAUACAAGAUUUACAUUGAAGGAAAAACAUGGUCCGUUAGUGAGAAAUACAUAUUGGCAUGUGAUUCUAUGACUUUACUAGUGAAACCACAUUACUAUGAUUUCUACACCAGAGGUUUGAUGCCAUUGAAGCACUACUGGCCAAUAAGGGAUGAUGACAAAUGCAGGUCUAUUAAGCAUGCUGUUGAAUGGGGCAAUACUCACCCCACACAGGCGCAACAGAUUGGGAAGGAAGCAAGCAAAUAUAUCCAGGAAGAACUGAAGAUGGAAUACGUGUAUGACUACAUGUUCCAUUUGUUGAACGAGUACGCGAAGCUCUUGAAGUACAAACCAACAAAGCCUCAAGAUGCAGUGGAACUUUGUUCAGAGAGGAUGGCUUGCGGGUCAAAAGGAUUGGAGAAGGAAUUCAUGUUUGAAUCCCUUACGAAAGGCCCAUCGCUAACACCACCGUGCACAAUCCUACCUCCUUUUGAUCCUGUAACUCUCCACACUAUUGUGGAGGCAAGAGAAAAUGCAACCAAGCGUGUAGAGUCAUGGGAAGACCUAUAUUGGCAACAUUAAAACAACAAGAUGUAUGUGAACCUUACUAAUGUCAGGGCCCUUAGGCUGGUUCAUCGGUCGGUUUUAGAAAAGGUGAAAUCGAGAAUCGGACCGCACAACUUGUAUCGGUUUCGAUCAGUUUUAGCACGUUUUGAUCGAUUUUUGUAGAUCGGUUUCGGUUCGGUUUUAA